AUGUUGAACCCCUUUAAGAUCAAGGAGUUGCAUGGUCCCUCAUCCUCAGGUGAAGAAGGCUCUUCUAGCUCUCAUGGAAUAGUCCAGAUAUCAUCCUCUGAGUAUGAUAGCCUUGCCUCAAGUCAUCCUCGGGCGAGGCUAACCUACACGGAUGACGACGAUGGCGAUCAGAUUACGGUUGGGUCUUCACUUGAGCUUUCCCAGCGUCUAGAUGAGCCCCUCGGCAUUCAGCCCAGACUCGAUGCCAUCCAGCUAUCUGAGGAUGACCGAGCGCCGAUGCACAUUUUUGAUAUCCGGCGAUCAAACUCGGUAACUGAAUUAUGGAAACGAUUCGAGAAUAAUUCGUCUACGAGCUCACAGCUCCCUGAUACCCAGAAAAAUGCCUCGGUGGCUGCUGAGCCUACCGCCAAUACAUCUGAUCGCGAGGGUCACUCAGCUGAGACCAGCGCAACUGCUGCUCCUGGCGACAUAGCUCAACCUCCUCUACUGGCGGCUUUCGAGGCUGAGUUGGCGAAUAUACUUGACUCUUCUGAUGAACCUGCUGAGAGAGCUCCACAGCCUGAGCCAUCUCCAGCUGCUGAGUCUUCAAGAAAUGCGGAUUCGCGAGAAUUCUCUGUCGAGAAUCUCGCAUGGGAUGUUAUUCAGAAUCUGCUCAAUGGAGCUAAGCUGGUCAAGUCUGAGCUGCGUGCAAAAUUACCAGAGCUGCAACGCCAAGUUCGCGAUGCUCAAAGACAGCUGCCCGCAAACAUGGGAAAUACACUUCAAACCAUGCUUGUCCAUCUUGAAGCUCAAUUGAGGACCGCUUUCAACAAUCUGCCUGAGAACGGAAGGCAAUGGGCCGAUAAUUCAAGGCACUGGGCAGAAGAAGCCUUCCAUGCAGGAAGGCCUGUUGCUGAAAAUGCUGCCGAAAGUCUUCGAAUGGUGGCAACCGAAGUCAAUGGAAUGGGCCGGUCCUUUCUUACUGCCUUUGAACAGGAACUGGCCCGAGCCACUUCCUCACAGCAACCGAACAUGGCCCCGGGGACUCAUAAUCCUCCUCCUACCACUUUUUCGUUUCCGAUAAGCAGUGCAGCUGUUUCAGCACUCAACACCCAGAACGCUGAACCACGAACUAUGGCAUCGGCGUCAGGCUUGCAAAAUAAUCUCGGAACGGGUUACGCACAAUCUCCACACGGAUAUUAUGGGGAUAUUAGCCAUUUGGGUCCAAAUUUCCCGGUGGAGCCGUGGGGUUCGUCCCAAACCUGGGCUCAUCCUGCUCCUUCCGAAUCAUUGCAUAACGGGUUCCUAAACAGGAGUUCAUCUAAUCCUGCAGGAGACAUUGAUCAUAAGGACGCUGGCUUGGGGAAACAAGCAGCGGUGCCGCCUCCUGCUCCCCCGCUUCCACCUGCUCCCCCACUGUCUUCUGCCCCUUGGUGGCCGGCUGUUCCCCAGUGCAGCGGCUAUAUUCCUUCUGCUGCAUGGCCACAAAAUUCGACUAUGCCAUUUGGUCAAACCACGUCCCAGGUCUCAAAUAGUGAUGCAAAGUUGUUUUCAGAGAAGCCGUCUUCGGAUAUUCGGGCCUCUUCAACCUAUCAAGCAGAAGCCUCGCAGUCAGAAAGCCCUGGAAGGAAGACACUCUUUAUUGGAAACAUAGGGUUUAAAGUGACCGAACGAACAAUUCAGGAUGUUUUUGCCUCGAAGGGCUUCAUUGUUGAUGUUGAUCUUCCAAUGGAUGUCGGUACAGGACAACAUGCAGGCUUUGGCUAUUUGCAAUUUCCCUCGGUCUAUCCGGCUAUUGCUGCAAUGGAGGCCUUACAGGGUACCCAUAUUGAUGGACAUGCGAUCAACCUGGAGUACAGUGAUGCUGCACCAAUUGACUGUGUCGGUUCCCCGACAACGACUGAUGAUCCAAAAGUGUUUGGUAGUCCACCCACUGCACAAGACAAGGUCGAGACUAAGCUGAACCAGACGCCAGCCACUCCACUGAAACGUCGGAAAUCAGUCACCUUCAAAGAUGCACCUCCGACUGAAGACCUGCCUGUUACAUACCAAUCUUCAAAUCCAAAACCUUCUUCCAGUGGCUCGGUGGAUGAAGUUCGGUCACGUCCGUUAAUUGAUUUGACGAUUGAUGAGUCUACCACAAACUCAGGGCCUUCCUUCUCCUCUGUAUCCAAUGAGUUGUCCCAAGCCGAGCACGAUGACCCAUUUGACCCAGAAGUGCAACUGAGACGUUUCCCACCUGUCUCUCAGCUGGAGGCCCAGGUCUUGGCAAAUCAACGUCAACAUACAUCUCCCUCGAACCCCCUUCAGAGGUCUCGCACUAUCUCGUACACUAAUGACCAAGAUCAUCAAAAUGACGACGAGCGGCUUAAUCUUCGUCGCGCAAGCACUACCCUGUUUGGUCACCCGAGAGCAAGACAAUCAUCCCGCUUCAGCUUCCAGGCUGAAGAUUCACAUUCUCCAGUACUCAAUCGACGAGCCAGCGAGCGCCGACUUUCGCGAAGUGGCGCAGGCGGCGAGUCGGAUACAUGGGCACGACUUGACAAACGGACAAGGAAGCGAUCCACGUCCAGACCAUCGUCGCAACACAGUAUUCCUGGCAGCUUCCCUGUCGAAGAGCCACCUAAUUCCACGGCUUUUGAUGCUGAUGUCGAAAAAUGUGUCUCUUCCCUCAUUGACAUGGGAUACGGAACAGCCGAGGAUGGUGGCCGAUCCCGAAUGGCAGUUUAUGCUGCCGCAUCCAAUAACGACCUUAUGGAUGCAAUUGAAAUGAUUGAAGAAGAACGGAAAGCCUAUGAAAGGCAUGAUUAG